AUGCAGGGGCCUGCUGGUGGUGGCGCAGGCGCAGCGCCAGCCUCUGCGCCAGGGGUGCGGGAGAUGAUGCGCAUGAACAUCGUCCGAGUGUUGCAGUUCAGCCUCGGGGAUCACAGGGUGGCCGGGCGGUUCCACUUGGUCUACGAGGCCGAAGGCCGCGAGGGCAUGGAGGCACGAGCUCGCCCGGACAUCCUGUGCAUUGAGGUGGAGCUGUCCGUGGAGGAGGGGAAGUUCAAGCCCUUGGCCACCGCCAAGCGCAUGGCGCAGGAGGGGCGGCUGGGGCCCUGGAGCUGCACAGAGCGCCGGGAGGUGGAGCGGCGCUGGGUGGAGAUGCGCGCGAAGGCCUUGGGGGUGCUGGGCCUGUCCCUGGAGUUGAGCCAGUUCAUGCGGCUCAUGGCCGGGCUGUUGGGCGCGGCGCUGCUGGAAGAGCCAGUGCCCAACCGUAGGCUUUGGAAUGCCCUGAAGCCGCUCAUUGCAGGGCCCUCACCAAUGGCCAGGCUCCGCAUCGGCUUGGGCGGCAUGGGCGUCACCACCUUCCACGACCUCGAGCGCGACGCCGGCGCUGCCGGCGCCGCGCCCGGCGCCGCGCUGGGCGCGGCGGGUCCUUCGGGUCCUUCGAAUGACCGUGGCACGGCGCCGCUGGGCCCGGGAGAGCUGCUGAGCCACCCGCCCUUCGCGGAAUACGUCUGUUUUGGCCGCUUGAGCAUGGGCCGCGAGUUGCUUCGCAAUCCUGGUGGGUUCUACCCAGUGGAGCUGGUCAAGAGCCGCUUGCAGGCUUCCGUCUGCAGCCACGCGAGCUCCAGCUACCGCUACGCCGGCCUCUUGGACGGCUUGGUCUGCAUCUUGCGAGCCGAUGGGCUUCAGGGUCUCUUCGUGGGCAUCCGGCCGGUCAUCGUGCGGGCCUGCACCUCCGACUUUGUGGCGGUGUAUGCCGGCGAGGCUUUGCUGCAAAGGCUGGGGAGCCCGGGCGCCGGCUUCCUGGAAGGCUUCUUCUGGCGGACGGUGGGCUGCGCCGCGAGCGUCGCGAGCACCUCGCCCCUUGAAACGGUGGCCGCGCGUGUGACCACUUCCUUCCCGCCCCUCACGACGCGCAUGGCGACGCGGGCGCUUUGGAGUGAGGGCGGCCUGCAGGCCUUCUGGCGCGGGCUUCGAGUGAACCUCGUGCUGUGCCUCAACCCGGGCCUCACCUUCACGGCCUUGGCGCAAAUCAAGCGCCUGAUCCUGUCCUUGCGGCGAAGGCAGCAGAUGUCAGUUUUGGAGGCGGCCCUUGCGGGUGUCCUCGCCAAGUUCCUGGCGCUGCUGCUCUCCUAUCCGCUAAUGCGCGGCAAGUCCCUGGUGCAGGCCCGCGACACCGGUUCCGGCGUCUCGAAGGUCUUGCAGGAUGUGGUGGCACAUGAGGGUAUGCUGAGCCUCUAUCAGGGCUUCGGCGCGCAGCUGAGCAAGAGCCUCCUGUCUGCUGCGGUGAAGUACUCCCUGAAGGAUCACCUGGAAGAGAUGUUUCGGCGCGGCGCAGACCCCUGCGACGAAGAUGAGGCAAAGCGGUGCCGUGAGAGGCACUGGCAGAAGGGCGAGAUGUUGCAGCCCGCCUAG